AUGGAGGUGACUGCAUGGUCGUCUGCAACGACUGGCACUCGGCCCUGGUGCCCAUGCUCAUCCACGCCGAGAAGCCCACAGGCAAGUGGACGAACACGAAGUCCGCCUUCCUCUGCCACAACGCCGUCUUCCAGGGCCGCUUCGUGCGCGAGGAAGGCCCGAGGGAUUGGAUUCGGGGUAUAG